CAUGGCCGCCGCACUGCGCAGACUGGUCCCUUCUCUCACAAGCAGCUCCAAAGCGGGAGUGUUUGCUGCGGGGUCUCAACAGCAAACACCCUCAACUGCGAGAAAGGCGCUUAAACUGGUCGCAGCCGGAGCGUGUGUUGCAGUCGCGGCCGGUGCUGCGGCUUUUUACUGCGGUGUCGGACCGAGGAGCCGCUUCGAAGCUCGGCUCGUACAUCUGGCGCUGCCGUCCGUCUCUGCGGCUGAUAAGGGAAGGACCUACGAUCUGGAUGAUGGAGAUGUGUAUGUGUCGUCCUAUGAAAACAGAUUCCGAAUCUUCAGCUCAGUGGAGUGUGAAGGCCAGCUCUACAUGACACCUCUGAACUUCAUUGAGUCUGUCACUCUGAAUGAACCAAGGAGUAAGAGAGGAUGGAAGUCCAUCACUAAAAAGGAAUUAGACAAGGUGCUGUCUGAUACUCCUCCUGUUUGGAAAGGAUCAUCUAAUUUGUUCAGAAAUCUGCGAGAAAGAGGUGUCAUCAGUUACACAGAGUAUCUCUUUCUGCUCUGCAUUUUAACAAAGCCCCAUGCAGGAUUUCGGAUUGCUUUCAACAUGUUUGACGCAGAUGGCAAUGAAAUGGUGGACAAAAGAGAGUUCCUGGUGUUGGAGGAAAUUUUCCGUAAGAAAAAGGCCAGAAAAGAAGUUGCUGAUGACUCUCAUAGACUGGACCAACAAACCCUGCAGCUUUAUGGUCAUUACAAAACCCAGACACACAGUGUUCGUAAAAAAGACGUCCAGCAUGUGGGGACCCCGGGUGUGUGGGAUGCUCUCAGGCGCGGCAUAAGUCAAGUUCUGUUUUCUGAUCUCACUGAGAACGUGGAUGAGAAAACAGAGACCACGCUGCUUGUGCAUUUUUUUGGAAAAAGAGGCAAAGCCGAGUUAAAGUUUGAAGAUUUCUACAAGUUCAUGGACAACCUGCAGACAGAGGUGCUUGAGAUAGAGUUCCUCUCUUACUCCAAAGGCAUGCCCAUCAUCAGUGAAGAAGACUUCACUCGCAUUCUUCUUCGCUACACAAACGUGGAUGAUGUCAGUGCGUACAUGGAGAAUGUACGCCACAGCAUACCCGAUGAAAAGGGAAUCAGCUUUGAGGAGUUCAGAUGCUUCUUUCAGUUCCUGAACAACCUGGAGGAUUUUGCCAUCGCCAUGCAGAUGUACAACUUUGCCCACCGCUCUGUUGGUCAAGACGAGUUUACCAGGGCAGUUUACGUGGCCACUGGAAUCAAGCUGAGCCACCACUUGGUCAACACCGUCUUUAAGAUUUUCGAUGAGGAUCACGAUGGUAAACUUAGCCACAAGGAGUUCAUUGGAGUCAUGAAGGACCGCCUGCACCGUGGAGACAGGGGUGUUAAAGCUGAGGAAAAGUUCAUCUCUUUCAAAUCCUGCGUGAAGAAGGAGCUAUCAGGCAAAUAGGUAAAGAGCCAUACACCGCUGCAUGUCUUACAGUCUGGAUGAGCUGUGGCUUCCCUUUCCUCCCUCUCUGGAUCCAGGGGUUGAUGCAUGCUGCAGGAUCUCAGAGCUCUGUCAUAGAGGUUUGGGAAACCAAAGAAAAACAGGAUGUAACCCCAACAGGAUGCCGUCAGUUUAAUAGGAAGCUUCACUAAAUUUUCAAACAAACCGCAAAUUAAGGCACAUUGAGGCACCUAGAACUUUACUGGAUUCUAAAUUGCGCUUGUUAGAGUUUGUAAAUGUAUGUAGGAAUAUAUCAAAUUGUUUAUUCCCAUAUUUAUUUAUCUACAAAUAUUUUGAAAAAGAAAGAUUAAUUCCAACAAUUUAGCCAAUUUAGGUAAUUAGUGAAACAGUUUCCUUCUCAACCAGCUUCUCUUCUUCAGAUUUAAUCCCAACCUUACUUCUGUUCUAGAUGGAGAAUGCUCAUAACCUUUGUCCACCAGUUGUCUCUGCAGUUCCCCUGCACAGAUUAUCCUUGUCCAGCACCAACCCCCCACCCUUCAGUCCAUCUAUUUCCUCCUAAGUGCUGCAGCUGGAAUCCUCCAGAAGAAGCAGACCUGAACACACUCGCUCAAUCCGAGGCUCAUUUACUGUUUAACUGCAGGCUGCUAACACUGUUAAUCAUUUCUUAGCUGAUACAGAGAAGUGUUGGCAUAGAUGUGAUCUUUCCUUUUAACCAAGCAGAAUAGAAAAGCCACGUGUUUUUACUUCUCUUUUACUUAUUGCUGGUUUUAAAGGAAUACAUCUAAAUGAUGAUAAGGAUGUGGAGUGACCCUGCUGUGUUUCUGAGCUUUGUUUGAUGAGAAAACACUAAAGAUACCAUGUUAAACGCUAUAAUGUCAUUCAGACUAAUGCACUGUAUCUGCGACGAUUUGAUGCUCAUAUUAGUGACUCUACCUCGUUCCUUUAAACUCUGGCUUUGACUGUUACGCUCACUUUAGAGCCUUGAUUCAUUUCCACAGAUGUGUUUCAAUAAAUCUGACAUACUGUA